GCGCCUGACGGAACGGAUGUGUGUGCAACGCUGCGAACGGUUCAGUUAGUGGAUCCACUUCAGAUCAGUUCAAUUGAGAUCAGUUUGGGAUCAGUUGAAUGCUCGGUGCGGUGCGGUUCGGCAUAGAUAGAUAGAAAGAUAGAUAAAUGCCUAUUAUUCGCGUGUGUGCAGUCGAUCGACAAAAAUCACUUCACACUUGGCCGGAAGAAGGUGGCAAUUGAGACAACUCAACGCCUCCGACAAAAGCCAGGCGAGAUUUCUGCAAAGAACACACAAGAAACAACAACAACAAAAAAUAAGGAAACAAAUAAAAGAAGUUCAAGUCAAUCAAUCGAUCGAUCGACUCGAACAGUGAUCGAUCACGCCGACAAAAUUUUCGCCAGUCAACGCCAACGGGCCAUAAAACAGAAGCGGAUGAUUUGAAAAAAGAACAACAACAAAAACCAAGAAAACAUUUGGUGGAAAAUCGCCUCAAAGUGGAAAACCCAAAUGAGAAUAUAUAUAUAUAUUUUUUUUUUGAUUGACAAAGCAAUUUUCCAGCACUCCCCCGCCCUCGAAUCGAAGUUUUUUCCAGUGUACUCCCCCCAUGAGUGUGUGUAUGUGUGCGUAUGUGUAUGUGUGUGUGUGUGUGUGUUCGUGUCUGUGCGCGGUGUUCAAUAAUCAAAUUUGACAACUGCGCGAAAAACGUUUGAGAUCAAAACAACUAACUUGCAGCAGCCACAAGCGAGCAAAACCCAAAUAAAUGGGCCAACAAUUCUGUGAGGAAUACUUUUUUUUAUUGUGAUACCCAAAAGUUGCCACCGAUUGACGGAUAUACAUAAGAGUAUAUAAUAUACUGUAUAGGCGUAUAUUUUGAGAUAAAUACGGGCUCAAAUGACUCACCUGAUGGGUCCCACGGAGUGCGCCAGCGCCAUGAUGAGCACCUCGAUGCCCUUCCUGGACAAUGGCCUGGGCCCCAAUCUAACGGAUUACAGCUGCUAUGCCAACGAUUACUGGACCACGCCGUACAUGACCGGCGGCCUCAGCCCCAUGAAACAGAUCGAAGCCUGCAUUCAGACGGCGGGCAAGGAUCGCAGCUCCUACAAGCCACUGGAACAGAUUGAUGCCAAAUUGGCCGACAUCGAGACGCACAGCACGGGCAGCAGUGGCGCGGCGGCAGGAUCCAGCAGCAGCAGCAGCAACAGCAACAGUAGCAGCAGCUCCCUCAGCAACCCCAAUGCCGGCUGCCAGGAGCAGACUUCGCUGCUCCACUCAGACUAUGCCAGCGGCAACAGUGAAGCCACCAGCGGAGCAACAUUGCUGUCCGCCACAGGCGACAACACAGCAGCGGGUGCAGGUGCAUCUUCCGGCGCGGGAACAGCAGCCAAGAAAUACAACAAAAACCAACACAAAAAAGACAACAACAAUUUGGAAAAUAGUUCUGUAAAAGCCAGCAACAAUCACAGCAUCAACGGCAAUGCCAAAGGGGAAUCAGAGCCAGUGCAUCCAUCGCUGGCCCAGGCCAUCGUUGUGCUGGAGACCAAGGCGCUGUGGGAUCAGUUUCAUGCCCAGGGCACCGAGAUGAUCAUCACGAAGACAGGCCGUCGCAUGUUUCCCACGUUUCAGGUGCGGAUUGGGGGCCUCGAUCCCCAUGCCACCUACAUCUGCAUGAUGGACUUUGUGCCCAUGGAUGACAAGCGCUAUCGCUAUGCCUUCCACAACUCCUGUUGGGUGGUGGCCGGCAAAGCGGAUCCUAUUUCACCGCCUCGCAUCCAUGUACAUCCCGACUCGCCCGCGGCCGGAUCCAAUUGGAUGAAACAGAUCGUGUCCUUCGACAAGCUGAAGCUGACCAACAACCAGCUGGACGAGAACGGGCAUAUCAUACUGAACUCGAUGCAUCGCUAUCAGCCGCGCUUCCAUCUGGUCUACUUGCCCCCAAAGAAUGCCUCCCUGGAUGAGAACGAGCACUCGAGCCACUUUCGCACGUUCAUCUUUCCGGAGACGAGCUUUACGGCCGUGACUGCCUACCAGAAUCAGAGGGUGACACAGCUGAAGAUUUCCAGCAAUCCCUUCGCCAAAGGUUUUCGAGAUGAUGGCACCAACGAUGUAACCAGCGGCAGCACUAUGAGCCAUGAGAGUCAGGCUCGCAUGAAGCAACAGCAGCAGCAGCAACAACAGCAGCACCAACAACAGCAGCAGCAGCAGCAGCAGCAACUGCAACAACAGCAGCAAUUGAGUGGCAAGGAAAGAACGAACAGCAACAAUUUCAGCCUGAGUUGCACAGAGCUGAGCGUGGAUCCUCAACAGCAGCAGCAGCAGCAACAGCAGCAACAACAGAGUGGCAUGCAACUGCCAGCCACGCCCUCGAGCAGCUCCGCUUCAGGAAACUCCCCGGAUCUGUUGUCCUUUCAAAUGGAGCAGCUGCAGCAGCAACAGCACCAGCAGCAGCAACAUCACCUGCAGCAGCAGCAGCAACACCAGCAGCAGCAACAGCAGCAACAUGCCACGUUGCAUCAUCAGAGCCACAAUCAAUAUGGCAGCUAUCACCAUGCCUACCAGACCCAUCCACUGACGCCGCACUCCACCAGCUCAGCCUCGCCGCCAGCAGUAAUCCCCGCCAGCAGCACAGCGGUGGCCACUGGAGUAGCACCAGCAGCAGGCGGAGCAACUGUGGCAGGAGCAACAGGAACAGAAGCUGGACCUGGAGCUGGAGCUGGUGCUGGGGCCACUCCCCAGGUGAUGGCUGCGGCGGCUAAUAUUUACUCCAGCAUCGGUCAGCCCUAUGCCCAGGAUCAGAGCAACUUUGGGGCAAUCUAUCAUCAUAAUGCGGCCGCUGCUGCCGCCGCCCACUAUCACCAUGGCCACGCCCACAAUCACGCCCAUGGGCAUGGCCAUGGACCUUAUGCCAGUGCGUACGACAAGCUGAAGGUGUCGCGCCAUGCGGCAGCCGCCGCCUACGGGAUGACGGCCAGCUACCAGACCUUCUACGGAUCGGCGGCCCAUCAUCAGAUGAUGCGACCCAAUAGCUAUAUAGAUCUGGUGCCCCGCUAGAUCCCCACAUUGGACAGAUCGCAGAUCGAAAAAAGUAUUAGCAGCAGUUGAGAAAUAAAACCAAAUAAAUGCAAAAAGUAUUACAAGUAUUUCUUUAAUUAUCUAAAAUUAUUGAAUGAUUUUUUUUUUGCCUAGUUCUUAAAUAAAACCAAAAAAUAUAAAAAUAUUUGUGUGCCAUUGUGUAAGAGAAACCCCGAAAAAAGCAGAACAAAAAAAAUGCAUAAUUAUAGUUUGUAAAAUGUAAUUUUAUGAUACGAUUAAUGUUUUAAAUGUAACCUAUUUUUUUUUUUUUUGCCUAACAUUUGAAUUGUAGAAUCUUGUAGAGUUCUCAAUUCUCGCUCUGACUAUUCUUAUGGCAUUCUAUUCUAUGUAUGUACAUACAAGAAAAACGUAUCUCCUCCCUCUAAAUAUAAAACUGAAACAGUUUCAGCAGCAACAAAAAUCAUAAA